AUGGUGUGGAUUUUAGUGUUGUACUGUCUCUUUCUCCCCCGUCCCCUCCCUCCCCUCCCCUCCCUCUCCACUCUCCCCCUCUCUCCCCCCUCCCCUCCCUCUCCACUCUCCCCCUCUCUCCCCCCUCCCCUCCCUCUCCACUCUCCCCCUCUCUCCCCCCUCUCUAACCCUCCUUCCCCUCUCUCCCUCUCUAUGUGUGCGCACACGGAGCACACGGAGGAAACCCCACAGAGCACAUGGAGGACACCACACGGAGCACACGGAGGACACCACACGGAGCACAUGGAGGACACCACACGGAGCACACGGAGGACACCACACGGAGCACAUGGAGGACACCACACGGAGCACAUGGAGGAAACCCCACGGAGCACAUGGAGGACACCACACGGAGGACACUGCAUUGUCACCUCCGGCACCAUGUGCGGUCUGUGA